GAGGGAGGGGGGUUAGCUGAUGACUCCUAGACCCGCUUGCCGCCGCCGCCAGCGAGCGAGCCCCUCUGCCGGCCAGCGCGCGCUUGGAAUGCUCGGACGUUCUCACGAUCUCGCCCUUGUUUCCCUCGGAGCGCGGGGCCGCCCCUUAGCCAGAAUGCCCCUUCGGUGUCUGCAAAUUGCUGCGUGGACGCUAGAGGCGACGGAGCCACGGGGAGCCUGCGGGAAGAGCGGACGAAAGGCUUCCAACCCACUGAUGGCCGGCUGCUGAAGGCGACCUCAGCGCGGGUUAAGCCUGGCGAAGUCACUCGCUGAGAUCUGUAGAGCUAAACGGUCGGGGGCUCUCGGGUCGCGCUGCGCUCUGGAGGUGGUGGUCCGCGCUCACUUUCGGGUAACCAAGUCGGACGCUAGGAGGGCCACGGCGGCGUCUUUGCGCCCUCUGAGUUUGCUGCAGCCGUUUCGAACUGCUCUCGCUCUUCUUUAAAUGUUUGUAAAGAAUGAGUGGCAGGAAGGAACGGCGCCUCUGUGUGGAGUGGAUCAAAGAUCGCCUUUAUUUUGCUGUUAUUGGCCAUAAACCAAAGAGUGGUGGUGCAAGUACACACUAUUUCUGCAUAGAUGAUGAAUUUGCAUAUGAGAACUUCUAUGCAGAUUUUGGACCACUCAAUCUGGCAAUGCUUUAUAGAUACUGUUGCAAGCUAAAUAAAAAAUUAAAGUCCUUUACCAUGAUAAGGAAGAAGAUUGUUCAUUAUACUGGUUUUGAUCAGAAAAAGCAAGCCAAUGCAGCCUUCCUGAUAGGUUCUUAUGCAAUAAUUUAUCUGAGGGAACCUCCAGAAACUGUGUACAGGCUAUUGUUGUCUGGAAAUGUAGCAUAUCUUCCUUUCAGGGAUGCUGCAUUUGGUACCUGCAGUUUUCAUCUAACUCUGCUUGACUGCUUUCAUGCAAUAAACAAGGCAUUGCAGUUUGGCUUCCUUGACUUCAGUACGUUUGAUGUAGAAGAAUAUGAGCAUUAUGAGAAGGCAGAAAAUGGAGAUUUUAACUGGAUAAUACCAAAAAAAAUUCUUGCCUUCAGUGGACCUCACUCAAGAAGUAGAAUUGAAAAUGGUUAUCCACAUCAUGCUCCCGAGGCUUAUUUCCCCUACUUUAGAAGGCACAAUGUUACCACUAUAAUCCGCCUGAACAAAAGGAUGUAUGAUGCUAAAAGGUUUAGGGAAGCAGGCUUUGAACAUUACGAUCUCUUCUUUGCAGAUGGAAGUAUACCUACUGAUACUAUUGUCCAAACAUUCCUAAAUAUUUGUGAAAAUGCUGAAGGAGUUAUAGCAGUUCAUUGCAAAGCUGGACUUGGUAGAACUGGCACCCUUAUAGGAUGUUAUAUUAUGAAGCAUUAUAGGAUGACUGCUGCUGAAACCAUUGCCUGGCUUAGAAUAUGUCGACCUGGCUCUGUGAUUGGCUCACAGCAGCAUUUCCUGUUUGAGAAACAAUCAGAACUUUGGAUGGGAGGUGAUUCUUUCCGUUCAAAAUUAAGGAAGAACUCAAAACUUGCAGUUGCAAAAAUUCUUUCAGGAGUAGAUGAUAUUUCAAUUAAUGAUUCCAAAAAUCAGAGAACCAACCAAAAAGAUACUGAACUGUACAGUGAUGAAGAUGAAACAAACACAUUUACACAAGGGGAUAAGCUUCGAGUCCUGAAAAGUAAAAGGCAGGCAAAAGCAAACUCAGUUCCACUGACAGUAAUUCUACAAUCCAGUGUUCAGAAAAGUAAACACUCUGAACUUAGCAUUUCUGACAAUGCAGGCCUUUCUAAAAGAACUACCAGGUCUACUGCAAGAAAAAACAGUUUUAAAAGUCUGAUGCCCCACAGAGAAAGAAGGAAAAGGGAUGCUUUACAACAAAUGCGCUUAUGCAGCGCUUCUGUCCCAAGAACCAGAACGGUGUUGCGUUAAGCAAUCUGAGUAGAAGAGGAAGCAGAGGGAGGAAAGGGUCUGUCAGUUGCUGUCAAUUAAAAAAUCAAAGAAAGAAACUUUAACAAAAAAAGAAAGUAAUGGUCUAUUUUAACAAUCGGCUCAAAAAUGUCUAAACUUUUUGAAGAUGACUCUUAUGGAAGGAACUCAGAUUUACUACAGAACUGUAAAGGUCUUGACUUUUUAAUACCAGAAGCUUUCUCAAUGUAAAGAUAAAGAAUGGCUUGUAAAUUUUAACUUUGGGUUUAAAGCCUUAGCAAGAGUUUUUUUUUCCUGUGUGAUACAUAUGUAUAAAAUGUGAGGGCAAUCAUUUAGUUUCUGUCUACCACAAGGGAAAAGAGGAUCAGAGCUGUUGAAUAGCUUUUUUGUGUCUCCUGCACUGUGAUUCUGCUCCAGGUGGAGAGGGAGGACACUUGAUGAGUUGAUAAUACCAUUUUUGCUCAUUGCUUAAGCAUUUUUUUGCCUAGUUUAAGAAUCCUAAUUUUUAGGAUUUUUUUUCAAGUUGUGGUAAUUUCUCAACUGUCCACAAGUGCUUUCUUUUCAUCACUUCUCCAGCUUUUCCCACUACUGCCUGAAGUGUUGCUUAACACAUCAAAAACCAUUGCGUAUGAAUGAUGCAUUUUUAAAGCCACUCUUGAAAUGCUGUCUUAUUCAAGUACUAGAGAUACUGUUGUAGGUACAGAAAUCUUUGUAAAGGGGCUGGGAAUUGGAAGCUGGAUACAGUGCAGUGAGUAGCCAGGCCUUUUUGAUAUGCAGACUGAGACAUCCAUUCCCUGACUCACACAAGGAGUAGUAAAGGUGGUGAAGUAGCGUCCCUCUUCCCAAGAUUGGGAGAAAAGGUAACAUAGUCAUUGUAAUGUUUGUUUUCUAGCAGUGGCCCUCAGGAUUAGUUUGGGAAGAGAUGGCUGCAGCAGGCUUUUGUUUCUUCUCAUUUAUUGCUGAUACUGCUGUACAGUGAACCACCUCAUUACCAUUCCUGGCCUUAAAUAGGCAGGAGAGAUGGAUGCAAGAUGCAGCAUGGUGUUUUUUCUGUCAGGGUAGUAGCACUGUUGUCCUCUCAACCUUGAAAAUACAGGAGUUGCAGUACUAUGCAGCUGCAAGAGUGUUGUGUCUUCUGAUAAAUGCUCCUUCAGCCCUAAAACAGCAACAGAAAAAUUAUGUAUAGCUGCCAGAAGGCAAUAUAAGCACUUACCUGGUGGCCUAAGGGCAAUCGCUACUAUCUGAGUGAGUGGUUAGUUGCAUUUCUGAAUUUAAUCCUAUAACUCUAAAUCUUAUUGGACCAGUGGGAAAAAAUCCUGUAACCUUCAAGCGCAAUUUGAAUAAGGUGCUUAUUUCAGUUUGAAAGAGUUAAAAUUUUAGCAUCAGGAGCCAUUGCUAGAGGUAGACUGUCUUUUCAGAAAUACUGUUCUGUCUGUAAGAACAAAGAAUGCCAGAACACUGGAAAGGACCUGUUCACAAGAAGGGGUCAGUCAACUUUGUUGCCUUAUCACACCCCAGAUAGCACCCAACAUUCAUGAACACAUGUGGCUUCAGUCUUGUUGCUAUUUUGCCAUGCUUGAACUAUGGAAGUGAAUAUAUUCAGCAUCUUCUCACAGUGGAGCAUGGUGUCUCUACUCCCUCCAUUCUCAACAUACUCAUAAAAUAUAGCCUUGGUAUAUGCUUGGUAAACCUUAAUUCCAAGUAAAUGUAUUUAGAUCAACUCCAUAUUCUUUCCAGCAUAAAAGAUGAAAAAUGUGGAUGUUGCAGACACAUGCCAGAGUCUGGUGAAUCCAGAUAUAUGUAUACCUACAGGUGAUAGCCACACCUUUAUGCACUUGCUGUAGGAACCAUCAGGGCAAAAGGACUCAAGUGCCAAAACUAUACAUCAUCCUCCUGUUAUGAUGCUGGUUUAUUGGCAAAAAGAAGCAGAGGAUAGAGAUGAGGGUCAAACUUGCCCAGACAGCACGCCUGGCCCCAGUGUCUGCCAGUACCUUAUGUUUGCUCUAGACCUAGGUACCAGGUGGUGAUCAUGGGCAUAUACGCCAUGUCUUUCCUCCUUGUAUUCUGCUGAUCACAGCAAUACUAUCAAUCCCUUAGAUCCUUAGCCCAGUUGCUUGGGCAGACAGGCAACCCUCCAUACUGAGCAAAAAGGUCUGGCAUGCUGCUCACAGGCCAGUGGGUUCCCUUCUGCUGCUCUUGGAUAUUAGUUGAAGUCAUAAAAUAGCACUUCAGUCCUUGUUCUAUUCCAAGCCCUAUCUGAGCUAAGCUAUUGUAAAAUGAUAUCUUUAUCUGCAUAUAAAAUUGGACCCAGUAAAACAAACGGUGCUCAUCCUGUGUGAGAUUUAAACUCCUCCUAUACAGAAAACACCUGAAAGGCUUUCUAAAAAAUUGUUGCAGUUCUUGCUACCGUUUCUGCAUUAAUUACCUCCCUGUUUUACAGAAGUUGAAUACUUGUGAUUCCUUCUCUCUUGUUCCAGGUAGGGUAUUAAACACCAGUCCUAUUCAUGUUUAUGCAGAAGUCAGUCACACUUUAUUCAUUUGGGUUUAGUCACAUGUCCACAGGCAUAGGAUUUUGAAGGCUGGUUAGUAAGUAAUUGUAUUUAUUGUUCAGGUUAAAAAGACAACAGACACUGUAAAGACAAGUGUAUUCUUGGCUACAGAAGUAGGGCUUCCAUUUUGAAAUCCAAGCAUGUUUAACAUUUUGUAUGAACACAUCAUUUGUAAUCAUGGUUGAUGCCUACAAGGCUGUGAUGUCAGAACUGAUUUAAGGUAUACAAUUUACAGGAAUUUACAGUUUGCAAUUCAACAAUAAUUUUAAUAUAAACAUCCCCAAUUUUUCCCACAGUAGACAGAUUAAAUGUAGGCUAGGAUGUCACUCAGCAGAAUGUGAUUAUCUGGAAUUUAAGUAACUGCUUUGUUUACAAUCAUAUACCAAGGUCAGAAGAGUUAAAUUUGUCCUAUGCUGACCAUUGAAGAACAGAAAUACUGUAUAUUGCUUUUAAGAACCUACCCAGAUUUUUUUUUAAAAACACACAUUGGUUUCUAUUGGAAGGUACUUAGGUCUGGCUAGACAUUCCUUAGCACAUUUAGGGCCCCAGCUAACAAGUCACUUAUAUGGCUAUAACCAAAGUUGUAUAUACUGAGUGUUUCCCAAAGAUAGUGUGUGCAUUUUCACAAGGUUUUUUUAGUGUAAAUACUAAAGACUAUAGCAGGGCCAAACACCAAAUAUUUUAUCAAUAUGAAACAUUAACUACCAUGAAGUCAGACCAGCUUUCCUACACAAAUUGUCUAAAUUUGCCAAGCUCACAUCCUAAAUUCAAAACCCGUAGCCCAAACUUGACAUAUCAUUUUGCCCAGUGCCCAAGGUUAA